AUGGCGUACAGCUAUAAUGUCGAAGAAGUACCACCCGACGAUGUUCCCUGCGUAGAGCAUGAUAUACGACGUGCUAAAAAAUUCCUUCAGAAACACAGUCCGGAGUCAGGUGAUAGCCUGUACGAUCAUCUGACGGAAGUGUUGGCCAAGAUACUGGCCGAGAGGCCAAAGAACGCGGUGGAUAUAUUCGAGGAAUUCAGCAGAAGAGUGAAGCAGGAGAGAUUCAAGACCAUGUCCCAUCAUUUUCGAGACGUAUACGUUCCACCGACGCAGCUCGACGAUGCGAAAAAGAUCAUCAAGCUGUUCCAGAACGUUCAGAGCAUCUACGAAAGCGAGGGAGAAAAGCGCGAGACAGAAGACCAAGAGGAAGAAGGGGACACGAGGAAGAAAAUGCCGAAUAUGUUGGAUCUUUUAUUUUAUUUCGAACAGACGAACGUGGGGCUGCCUCGGUCACAGAUGGUGUUGCUUAAUUUAUCCAUACGAGAACUCAUCGCUGAGUCUCCUAUAGAAAAUGUCAAAGAACAGCGGAGGAGGAAGAACGGAAGCGUCAAGAGGAACAAAUGAGAACGGAAGAGAAAGCAAAAGCCGAGAGAGAGGCUGCUGAAACCGUGGAAGCAGCAGGGGCAACGGAGAAAAAAGAACAGGAGGCUUUGAAGCUCGUCUUUCCGCCUCUGCCUACUCAUUCGUGGGUGCCACCACCGGAAGUACCUCCGGAGAGAAUCGGAACUGGCGCGAAUGCCAAGAUUCACACUUUCCCACCGUUCCCCGGUACAGAAAAGAAUUAUCUUCGCGCGCAAAUAGCCAGAAUCAGCGCGACCACCCAAGUCUCGCCGAUUGGAUUCUUCACUUUCGACAAUGUUCCUUACACGUCAUUUGUUACGGUUAUAGGUGGAGUGUUGUCCGAGAACGUACAUUACGAUCCUUUGCCUAUUAAGGAUUUAAUAGACCCUUCCAUGUCGAACUGGUGUCAUCAUGCACCGUACCUUUUGAAACAAGGCCGUAUCGUAUGGUGGGAUCCAAGUGGAAAAGCAGAAGAUGAACUCGGAGAGGAAGAAGAAAUGGAUGAAGAAGAGGAGGAAGAGGCAAAAGCUCGACUUGAGAAAGAGGUUGGACCACCACUUUUGACACCGUUGUCAGAAGACGCUAUUGUGGACGGCAUAACACCGUGGAGAGCUUUGCAAUCGUCUCGCACCCAACCUGAUCAAGCAGUCGCAUUAAUUAGAUCAAACGUUUGGCCUGGAGCGUUCGCGUUUGCCUGUGGAAAGUGCGUGCACACUAGCCCUCUGUCCAAUAAUGAUUUUCCAUUAAGCAGACGUAUCUGUGAUAUUUAUGUGGCCGACAAGCGUUUCGCUAACGUGUACAUCGGCUGGGGUCACAAAUACAUCGCGUACAAUUACAGUCCACCGUUCAUGCCACCUGUGCAAGAUCAGUACAAGAUCGGUCCAGAGAUUAUGGAAAUUCAAGAUCCCACCUUCGAACAAGAGGAGGCCUACAGAAUUUCUCAAUUGCCGCCUGAGCCAAUUAUACCAAUGGGUAAAAUCAAUAGAACUAAUUAUAGGAAGACUUUAUCUUUUUUUUUUUGCAUUAUGUAACAGAAAUUUAUACCUAUAGGAGAGGAGGAAGAAGUGGCAGUGGAAGAAGAGGAAGAAGAAGAAGAAGAAGAAGAUGAUGAUGAUGAGUAA